CACAGAAGACUAGUCCCUCCCCAAAACUGUUUCUAACUCUCGUCCAUUCUUUUCCCUGUCUUCUCUCUCUCCCAGGUACACGCCCUUUGACUUGUCAGAAGGGGAAAAAGUUUAAGAAAAAACUAAAUCACGGAAGAGAUUCUGUUGCCUUACUAGUUAGGCAAGUUUUUUUGAGCCGUAAGGGCAGUGGGGAAAACGGAAAAGCAGAAAAGAGGCGUACAGUCCUGAAGCAGUUGCGUUGGUUGAGUUGUUGCGUUGGUCCUUCACAUACUUAAGGAAAGAAGAUGGAGUCAGCAAUCAAGACAGUGGUGUCGACUUACCUCAAGUCUGCAAAGGGCAAAGAGAACCUGAGUGGGAAGGACUUCCAGAGCCUGGUGAAGAGCCAACUCGGUGGCAUCCUCAAUAAUACGGACAGCUCCAAGGCUGUCAAGGACAUGCAGCAGGGCCUUGACGACAACCAGGAUGGCAAAGUCAGCUUCCAAGAGUACAUGAAGCUGAUUGGCUACCUGGCAGAUUCUGUCAGUCAGCAGUACGUGACCGACAAGGUGACCAAGACGGAGAACAACGAUGGUGCCGUGACGCAGUGCGAGAGCGAGACUCCUGCCGACGGCGAGGCCGAACCCGCUGCAGUCAAGGCGGAAGAACCGGCCGCCGAUGCAGCAGCCCCAGCAGCAGCAGCAGCCCCAGCAGCAGCAGUUGAAGAGGCGGAGAAGGCCCCGGCUGAGGAGGAAGAGGAGGAGGAGGAGGCAGCAGUGGAGAAGACAGCAGAGGAGGAGAAGACGGAGGAGGAGGCCUCGUAGAGCCGUUACCCCCACGCGCAUUUCCAUCUCUAAAACACCUGUCUUAUGUGCUUAUUAUAUCAUAUCUCUCUAGACAAUAACAGUCCAAAAGCUGCGUCCAGUUGUAACACUUCUUUUAAUUUUAUAAUAACUACAUACAGUUCAGUGCCAUAGCAUUCCUGUUUUCCAGUGCAGACAUUCAAUACCCUUCCUGUACCCGUGGUUGUUUUUUGUUUGUUUUAGUUUUAGUGUCAAACUGCGUUUGAUAUUCUUACUUUCCAUAAUGAGUUCUGACAUCUCUUCAUCAUCUUCAUAUCCUUGCUUUAACAAAAUAUCUGAAAACCUGACCGGCAGUUUAAUGAGUUGUCCAAAUCUUUGUAGUCUUCAGUCAUUGUUAAAAACUCUCCUGGAUUCUUGUUUUAAGAGCUCGGCUGUAAGGCGUCAUUUCCUAGCUGCUUGCUACUAACAGGGAGGCGAGUUUGGGUUUAUGAAUGUGAAUCCUGUGAAGAAUUUGAGCCAAAUUAGGGUU